CGGCGAUACGUUGUAUAUAAGGUGUAGUCUAGCCGUUGAAAAAUCGUAGCCCAGUCUUUGCUUGUCAGUCAGGGAGAGUGUAACAUCAUGGCCAGUCUUAAACUACUCGUGUGCAUUGCCUUGGUAGUUGUGGUCUCAUCGGCUUACGCCAAGAAGAAAAGCCGUCACGAAGACUACAAGAGAGACGAUUACAAGGAGAAAAAAGAAAGCUACAACCCGGAGAAAGACAACGAUUAUGGUUACAAGGCCGAGAAUAAAGAUUACAAAGGGACCGAUUAUAAGGCGGAAAAAGAGAAUUACAAGUCUAAAGAUUAUGGUUACAAGGCCGAAAAGAAAGAUUAUAAGGACAAAGAUUAUUGGUACAAAGCUGAAAAGAAAGAUUAUAAGGACAAAGAUUAUGGGUACAAAGCUGAAAACAAAGAUUAUAAGGACAAGGAUUAUGGCUACAAGGCCGAAAACAAAGAUUAUAAGGACAAAGAUUAUGGCUACAAAGCUGAAAAGAAAGAUUAUAAUGAUAAAGAUUAUGGGUACAAAGCCGAAAAAGGUGAAUACAAGCCUAAAGAAGCAUAUGCAGCCCAAAAAGAUGAUUAUAAGCCCAAAGAUUACGGCUACCCAGCCCCUAAAGCAGACUACAAGCCCAAAGAUGCCUACACAGCCCCUAAAGACGACUACAAGCCCAAAGAUGCCUACACAGCCCCUAAAGACGACUACAAGCCCAAAGAUGCCUACACAGCCCCUAAAGACGACUACAAGCCCAAAGAUGCCUACACAGCCCCUAAAGCAGACUACAAGCCCAAAGAUGCCUACACAGCUCCAAAGGACGAUUACAAGCCUAAAGAAACCUACCAAGCCCCUAAAGUAGACUACAAGCCCAAAGAUGCCUACACAGCCCCUAAAGUAGACUACAAGCCCCAAGCUUCCGGAUACAAGACCGUAGAUUACGGCUACCCAGCCCCCAAAGUUGACAACAAGCCUAAAGAAGUCUACCCAGCCCCUAAAGAUGACUACAAGCCCAAACCUAGCUAUUACAACUAACUUGCACCACCAGGAUAUCUGUUCAGGUUUUGACAUCUUUCACUCUCUGACUUGGCGGAAACAAGAACUGGCUGCUGCUUUUGUGCUGAGCUUAUGCUAAUAAAACAUGUAUUUAAAAAAUUUAACGCG